UUUAACUCGUGCCAGGCGGUUGAAUGUCAAUCUGCUGAUGAAACGUGAGGGAAAUGUGUGCUGGAGAGAGAGGUAUACUAAUGUGACGUUCACUAGCGGAGGCCAGCUUUAAAAAUAACGUUACUUACACGGACAGACUGAACGUAACUUCCUCGUUAGAAUGAGUUCCGUGCAGCUGAAGAGGCUCUACAAGGAGCUGCGGGUGUGGAUAGUUGAGGACCACCACGACGUGGUGUGUCAUAUUUAUCGUGCCAUUGCAUCAAAACACCUCCCGCUGAAGAACAUAAAGAUGGUUCAUUUAGACUCCCAUCCUGACCUGCUCAUCCCUGUCAACAUGUCUGCUGACACUGUCUUUGAUAAGGAGAAACUUUUCAGUGAGCUCAGUAUAGAAAACUGGAUAAUGCCCAUGGUGUACGCUGGCCAUGUGUCCUGUGUGGCGUGGCUGCAUCCAUACUGGGCCCAGCAGAUCAGAGAGGGAGAGCACAGGAUGGCUGUAGGAAAAGACUCAUCCACUACCACUAUCAGGGUGACCAGUACAGACAACUACUUCCUCAGUGAUGGUCUGUAUGUUGUUGAGGAGCAGCUGGAGAACUCUAAACCUCUCAGACUGAACGUGGUUAAAGUCAAUCCUGUCAAACCAAGUCACGGGGCUCUUACUGUUUCAGAAAAGAAAACGGAAGAGGACACAGGGAAGUGGUUUGCUAAGAGACCCCGCACAGAGUCUGAUGAAGCUGGGGAAGCCAGCUGCUCUCAGCCCCUCUUAAGAUGUGCCGAUGUACUGCAACCAGCAGAGGGCAGCAGUUGGCCGGCAAGCUUGGGGGAUGAUGGUGAUGAUAAUGAGGGAUCCACCAGUUAUGUUGUUAAGAAAAUAUCUGCAUUUCUGAGUGAGACAGAGCCAUAUAUCUUGGACAUUGAUUUGGAUUUCUUCUCGUGUAAGAAUCCUUUCAAGGAAUUAUACACACAGGAAGAGUACGCCAUCCUUAAGGAGCUCUACCAUUUCAGAGGACCCAGCCCUGAUGCUGAUCAGGAGGAGCUUGAUGAGUGUGUGGAUCGUCGUGUACAUCAGUUAGAAGACCUGGAAGCAGCAUUCGCUGAUCUACUAGAGGAUGAUGGGGAAGAGACGGUUACACGCUGGGCCAGCAACCCUGGCAUGGGUUCAUUAGCCCAACUUGUUUCUAGUUUGAAGUCAAGAAAUCUGUCCCCGGACUAUGAAAUGGUCCAUCAGGCAGGGUUAACCUGUGACUCCACCGAGCUGCCUCACCACAUCAGCACUGACGAGGAGAUCGACAGGCUCAUUUCAGCUGUGCAGCUGUGUCUGAAGGCUCUGCCCAAACCUACGCUGGUUACUAUGUCCAGGUCCAGCCUAGAUGAAUACUGCCCAGUAGAGCAAGUGGAUUCAGUCCAGAGCAGAGUACUGGCUGUACUGGCGAGCCUGUAUGGACCACUGGACUUACACAAAGACUAUGAAAACAGCAGCACAGAGACUCAAAACUGCCAGCCACAGACCUCUUAACAAACAAACACACACAUACACCUGAAGUAAAUGUAUGAGAAGUGGCCAUAGAGGUUCUCCAUCCUGCAACUAGUUUUUACAGAAGACACUGACACUGUUUACACGCACAGAAGAAACCACAUUACUGUGAGAAUACAGGUUCAAGUAUGGUCUAGCGAUAUUCUUAUUUUUCUUAUAGUCAACUAUACCCAUCUGAAGACUCAAGCCAGCAAUGAAUGUAUCCUACCAGCAAGUAUUUUACACGCAGUUGAAGGAGUACAUAUCCAAGACAAUAGAUGCAGCCAGCAGAAA